AUGAAGUGCUCUGUCGUCGCCUACACCACCUUUGUUGCGGCUGUUGCUGCCCAGCCUCACCACGGAAACCACAAACACCACCACGUCGCUCGUGCUGUGCAAACCGUUGUUGAGACGGCUACCGAAGUUUGCACUGUCACCGAAUACGUCGAUGGCACCUCCGUUUCUGCCUACGAUACCUGUAACUCAGCCCAACCUACUCCUACUUUAGCCGCCACCCCGACUCAACCGCAGGAAGUUUUCCACGAGACAGUCGCUCCUGAACAGCCCGAUUCCAAGGCUGUUAUUCCGCCUCCAGCUCCGACGAGCUCUACUCCUGUCUCCGUCGCUCCUCCUGCUCCGACCAGCUCUACCUCUGUCUACGUCGCUCCUCCUGCUCCGACUAGCUCCGCCCCUGCCUAUGUCGCGCCUCCUGCUCCUCCCAGCACCUCUGUCUACGCUCCUCCACCCUCUGACCCCAAGCCCCCAUCCUCAUCGGCUCCUUCAAGCGGUACCGGUGGCCAAGGCGAAGAGCACACGGGCGACAUGACCUAUUACGCCGUCGGUAUGGGCUCUUGCGGUUUUGACGACAGUGGUAAAGACAAUUCCGAGAACAUUGUUGCUGUAUCACACCUUUUGAUGGGCACGCAGUCCAAUGGAAACCCCAUGUGCGGCAGGAAAGUCACCGUGGUAGCCAAUGGCGAAUCUGUCACUGGUGUCGUGAGGGAUAAAUGCAUGGGCUGCGACAUAAACAACAUUGAUGUCAGCGAGAAGAUGUUCAAGAAGCUCUACAAAUCACUCGAUGGCGGACGUGUCACAGUUAAGUGGUUUUUCAGCUAG